CGAGUGGAAGUUUCUUGGAAAGUAUCGCGAAGGUUCUCUGAGGGCUUGUUCUGCCUCCGGGUGUUCUGGUCAGAGCAGAGGUCAAAGAUGAAUCAAAAGUGGGCUGUUGUGAUGUGUAUCGUGGGAUUUGGGGCCUUCCUCAGAGCCACAGUGUCUCUACACUCUUACUCCGGUGCUGGGAAGCCUCCGAUGUAUGGAGAUUUCGAGGCUCAGCGUCACUGGCAGGAAAUUACAACAAAUCUUCCGGUGAAGGAGUGGUACAGGAACUCCACGGACAAUGAUCUGCUCUACUGGGGUCUGGACUAUCCACCCUUGACUGCCUAUCACAGCUGGGCAUGCGGAAAGGUUGCUCAGUUGAUAGAUCCCGCCUUUGUACAGUUGAGAACAUCAAGAGGAAUCACCAGUGAUGCUCACAAACUCUUCAUGAGACUCAGUGUCUUCCUGGCUGACCUGCUAAUCUAUCUCCCGGCCGUCUUUUGGGGCUGCUCCGCCGUGUGGAAGCAGAUCCGGAUAGAAAAGGCGCCGGCCAGUUGGAAAAUUCUGCACUUGUUGCUUGCUAUGAGCUUCCCAGGACAAAUUCUGAUAGACAACGGCCACUUUCAGUACAAUAACAUCUCUCUGGGACUCACAAUAUGGGCAAUUGCGUCUCUCCUGCACGAUCACCUCUUCCUGGCCUCGCUUCUCUUCACCUUAGCGCUGAACUACAAGCAAAUGUCUCUUUAUCAUGCUCUGCCUUUCUUCUUUCUCCUCCUGGCGAAGUGUCUGCCUGGCCAGAGGAACAAGAUUGGCUGUGGAGGAGCUCUUAAGAGACUUCUAGGUAUUGGAGGAGUUGUUAUGAUGACAUUUGCUAUCUUGUGGCUUCCCUGGCUCGGCGAUUUCGAGGAUUUGCAACAAGUGGUGAAAAGAAUUUUCCCGUUCAAUAGAGGACUGUUUGAGGAUAAAGUGGCCAAUUUCUGGUGCACUUUCAACGCAAUCUUCAAAUUUAAGGAUGCAAUUCCCAAGGAGAAAAUGGCUCUCUACUGUCUCAGCACAACGAUGGCUUCUGUCUUGCCCAGCUGCAUUCAUCCCUUCUUCAGUCCCACAAAGAGAAACUUUCUGCUCUCGCUGAUCAACUCAUCACUGGGAUUCUUCCUCUUCUCGUUUCAAGUCCACGAGAAAUCCAUUCUUCUGGUCACAGUGCCUGUUAUUCUGACGUUUCCUCUGGAUCCAAUCGUUUGCUUUUGGUUCCUGAAUAUUGCCACCUUCAGCAUGAUGCCUUUGCUGCAGAAAGACGGUCUCUAUACUGCCUUCCUGGGCCUCCAAGGCAUCUUUCUCCUCAGCAUUAGGCUAUAUCAUCUGUUGGGAUCAAAGAGCGACAAGAGUACACUGGAUUUCUUCCACCUGAGGCAGUUUAACCAACACAAGAAAACUAGUUGGAGAGACACUUUAACCAUUUGGGGUUUCUAUUUAUCACUUGCCGGACAAAUAGCACUCUUGAUAGGACAAGAAUUCAUCAAAGCACCGGAAAAUCUGCCUUACCUCUUUCCUUACCUGAUAUCAGCUUACAGCGGUGUACAUUUUAUGGCAUUCUUCCUGUAUUUCAACUUAAUUCAAUUGUUUCAUAAGUAAAUACAUGCCACUCCUGAAUUACUUCCUGCCUUUUAAUCUGA